AUGGGUCAAAUAUUCAAUGGCUCAGAAGCAACCUACCCACUGAAAACCCCUGUCUUACAUCACAACCUAGUAACGGAUGACUUCGACGCACUCAAAUUCAGAGCCGCUUCAUCACUCCAACUUCAACGGGGACUCAGGUAUCAAGAAGCCGCAGCUUCAAGUUCACAUCUCAUCACAUCCCCCUAUAACCAGGAGGGCCAUCACCUCAACCUUCGCACUCUCGACCCAUCUGAUCAACUUCUCGCAAAGGCACUGACGACUUUCAAACCAAAUCGAUCUGACUACGCAACGGCAGGAUAUUUGGAAUCGUUCAACUGGCAAUUCGUGAUAGAUAUCCUAAAGGACCUGGCUGCGGCCGAAAGCUAUGAGUGGAAGGAACGGUCAUUUUACGUCGUGACGUUCCGAUCUACUCUCCUUGCAACGGCAGAUCUCGAUAGGCUCCAUGAGCUCGAUGCGCACUCUCAUGUGGAAGCCACUACUAGUGGCGGUUUGCUGAAGUAUUGGUUUGGGACCAGGGAUGAGAAAUUGAGAAAUCUGGCGACUUGCAUAUGGAGAAGCAAAGAGGACGCGAGGCGUGGCGGAUUAGGCCCCUGGCACAAACAGGCCAUUGCAGCAGCACGACAACUGUACGAAAAGAUUGAAUUCACAACUUUGAAAUUGACCAUUGCUGAUGGAGCCGAGGCGUGGGAUAUUGUCGAUUGGGUGAAUGCGCAGUAG